UCGGGGAAAGCGUGUCAUUCGAGCAACCAGGAUUGGUGGCGCUAAGGUUUGACAUGGUCAAGCCCAGAUACGAGUUACCGGAUCGGGAACCUCGUUCUCGCUACCCACCAAAUGACUGCCACCAUCGUGACGAAGAUCGAUGCCAUCACGCAGCCAUGGCUAUAGGGAAAAUGAGGAUAUUUAAUGCCCGACAUCUUCCCAUGAUGGAUUCGAAAGAGACACCCAACAAACACGAAGCGAAAUCGUUCAUCACACCCUGAAUACCAUCGAAGCAAAUCCGAACACGACAAAUAUAUCGUCGCAUCGCCCACCAACAAUGCUUGAAAAAAGAUCUGCUUACCAGGAAGGGAGCAUCUGGUACUAUGCACCCAACAAAGGCGCGCCCAUCGCUUUCGCCAUACUCUUCGCGAUGUCCGGAAUCUGGCAUGGGUACCAGUGCCACAAAUACAAAUCAUGGAGAGUUACCGGCAUGCUACCCUGGUCCGCCCUGCUUUUCACAGUCGGCUUUAUCCUACGGACCAUAGGCGCUUUUGGAGAGUGGGAUAACGUUCCGAUAUAUAUCGCGAGCACUGUUUUCCUUCUGGCAGGCCCGCCCGUGUAUGAGGGUGCGAAUUUCUUCAUUCUCGGCCGAAUCCUCUACUACAUACCAUACCUCUCGCCUAUCCACCCCGGGCGUGUCUUUUCAACUUUCUUGGCUCUGCUGAUGUUCGUCGAAGCAUUCACGGCGAACGGAGCGGCCUUGCUGGCGAAUACAGAGGCAUCGGAGAGACGACGAAAUACCGGGGAAGCCCUGCUCAAAGCUGCAUUGAUCCUCCAGCUCGUACUGAUGGUCGGUUUCGUCUCGCUAGCUGGCACAUUCAACCGGAGAGCCUACCGUGCCGGGCUUCUUACCAAGAAGCUCAAGCAUGUACUCACGAUUCUGUACUGCAGCUGCUUUCUCAUCACCACGCGUACGGUGUUUCGGACUGUUGAGUAUUUUCUCGCGGCCAACCAACACACGUGGGAUAACCCAGAUGAGGUCGACCCAAUCAUCAAGAACGAGUGGAUUUUCUGGAUCUUUGAGGUUGUCAUCAUGUACAUGAACACCACGAUGCUGAACGUCGUCCAUCCGAUGCAGUUCUUGCCGUCAUCGAACAAGAUCUACCUUGCGAGAGAUGGAGUGACAGAAGUCGAAGGCCCUGGGUUUGAUGACCCUCGUCCUUGGUUUGUGACUUUCAUCGACCCCUUUGACAUCGUGGGUCUUAUUUUCAAGAAGGGCAAGCAGGGCAAAUAUUGGGAAGUUGAACCGGAGGCAAACACCGGGUUGAGGACCGAGAAGACCGACAAUAAUGCAGCAGAGCGACGCGGUUGCUUUGUAUAGAUGGUCUUUUCGUUACUAGAUCGCAUUCAGAGUUCUUUUGUCAUGUAAUUUGAGCUUGAUAUCUUGCGCAGUUGUUUAUACUAUAGUCAUAAUAUGAUUACAAGUUACAGAUCUGGAGACAAAUAGUCGCAAUCGAAACAUUGAAC